AUGCGCCCACGGAACUUCUCCAGCAGCGCCAAGAGUUCGUCUGCUGUCAAGCGCCCCUCCACGAACGGAAUCUCGCCCCUGUCCGGGUGGGUCUGCUGCGCCGACGGAUGGACUUCCUGCGUCUCGGACUUGGCUCAGCUCGGCGUCCGUCGCAUCGUCCUCCAGCGUGAGCAUCCAGACCCGCUCCCGAUCACCCCCAGGCGAGGGUGUACUGUGCUCGGCAGUGUAUACGGGCACGCCCGCGUGCGUGAAGAACUCUUUCCCGCGCUCGUCCCUGAGGAGCUUGAUCUGAUCAAGGUAGCCUGCAGAAAAGCCGGCAGAAGAAGAGACCAGUCCUGGGGGCACAUCGGGCCGCAGCCAGCGUGGCGAUCACGAGGUGGCCCGCCAUCUGCCACACGAUGGAUGUAUAGAUAA